GUACCAGCCAACGCGCAGUCAAGUGUAUCCGUUCUGAAGAUACCUAGCAUUCUCAGGCAAAGAAGUCUUUGAUAUUCCAACUCAGGGCUUCAACAUAGGAUUCACGCAUAUUGCUGCCAAACGUAUCUCAUUGAGAAGGGACCGCCUGAAGAAUGACCGACCAGAGCCCCGCUGAAACACUCGAACAGCUCCGACAAUUGGAGCAAGAGAAUGGCGACCUGAGGACUCGUCUCGCCAUCAUACGCAUAAGCGAACCUAUCUCUUCUUCAGAUGCCGAAACAUCCAGUUCAUCACCGUCCAAGCGUACCUCUGACAUUUCAGCCAUCGAUAACCCCACACCUGCUUCUCUGGAAGCAGAUUUGACGCACUACAAGGAACUCUUUUCGAAAUUGCGCUUUUCCUAUGUUGAGCAAGUAACAAAAGAAAAGUUCCUGCGAGCAAUCGUGGGCGAUCCUCCCCUGGUCGUCGGACACAAUGAAAACGUAGAGUUGGAAGCGCAGUUAGCAGAGGUGAAAGCUGAGCUCAAGUCGCGCAAGGAAGAAGUCAGGAUCAUGAUUGAAGAUAUGGAGAAGAUGGGUCGGCAUCUGGCGAGUCGAUACAAAAAAGUGCAACUACAGAUGACACAACUUUCAACACUCCCAGAAUCGAUAGAGAACCUUGAAUCCACGAUUGCCGGACUGCGUGCGAAACAGGUCGCCACGAUGGGCACGUCAUCUUCCCAGAACCUUCCACUGCCAGCGACGCUGUCUCUCUUGGCCGAGCGCGAGGCGGAACUCGCAGCAUUAAAUCGGCAACUUGCGGCAGUACAGAAUGCUCUACCACGCAAGACAAGAGAAGCCGAAGCAAUUGAAAGAGAAUUGAGUGUACUAGAGAGACGCAGGAGCGAAGCAACCGCACAAGCACGGGAGGCACAGAGAAUGAAACAGGAAGGCAAGAGCGACGGCCUCGAAGAGUUGGGCAGGUGGUACAGGAGCGCAGAGGAAACACUGAAAAGUUUAGUGGGUGUUGAGGGAUGAGACAGAAGGCCGGAUGAUUGAUGACUGGAUUUGUAUUAUGGAGGCGUCGCGAUUCCAUAAUUCGAGUGUAUAUAGGCGAAAGCGGUGGUAUUCUAAAUUUACAGCACAAUGGUACAAGUUGGG